AUGAGGAUGCUCCUCUUUCUCUUUGCUGUUUUCUUCUUUCUGGCCCCAGCCAAGAAUGAAUUUUUUAAUGAAAGAUGCAACAAGCUUCAUGGGAAAUGCAUGAGAACUUGUUAUAAAAAUGAAGAAAUUGUUGCUCUCUGUGGAAACUCGAAGAGAUGCUGCCUGAAACUUCAGCCUUGUGGGAGAGAGUAA